UAAUUAAAUUUUCAUCCAUUUUCAUCCAGGGUUGACAGGAAUGAUUUAUGUCUUUUGCAGGGGUAAAAUGCCAUCUAGAGGAGAAUGAAAAUCAUUCCUUUCGAGUGCAAAUAUCUGCCAACGCUACAAAAACAGUGGCAGAGUUGAGGAGGCCCCUCGAAGAAAUUGUGAAUGGCAGGACCAUAAACCAUCCCAGCCUCACUCCAACUGUUCUACAGCAUCUUUUCUCCAGAGAUGGCAUCAACCUCAUGAAGUCAAUACAGCAAGAGACAAGAACUUACAUUCUCUUUGACCGUCACAGCCUUAAAGUAAGAAUCUUUGGUUCUUCUGUCAAUGCUGCUGAAGCUGAGCAGAAACUGGUUCAAUCACUUAUGUUGUACCAUGGGAGCAAGCAGCUUGAGGUUUCUCUUCGAGGCAGGGGUCUGCCCCCUGACCUGAUGAAGCAAGUGGUUAAGAAGUUAGGGCCAGACCUCCAUGGGCUCAAAGAGAAGAUACCUGGGGCCAACUUUACACUAAACACCAAGCAUCAUAUGAUUUAUAUUUGUGGUGACAAAGAGCUGAAGCACAAGGUAGAAGAGAUAGUUUAUGAGAUUGCACAAACGAGUAGUGGACCUAAUGGUUCAUCUGAGAUGUCCAACACAGAAAUUGCCUGCCCUAUUUGCUUGUGUGAAGUAGAAGACGGCUACCAGCUUGAAAGCUGUUCGCACUUGUUCUGUCAAUUAUGCUUGGUGGAGCAAUGUGAGUCUGCAAUUAAAAAUUUGGAUAGUUUCCCUAUCUGCUGUGCCAAGGAAGGUUGUCGAGCUCCGAUUCUGCUUAGAGAUUUGAAGGCUCUCUUGCCCAUUGAGAAGUUAGAGGAGCUCUUUAGGGCUUCUCUGGGGGCAUUUGUUGCAUCCAGUGGGGGCAUCUACAGAUUUUGCCCGUCACCUGAUUGCCCUUCAGUUUAUCGUGUUGCUGAUCCUGGAACACCUGGCGAGCCAUUUGUCUGUGGAGCAUGUUAUGCAGAAACCUGUACUCGCUGCCAUUUGGAGUAUCACCCAUGCAUUUCAUGCGAGAGGUACCGGGAGUUCAAGGAAGAUCCAGAUUUAUCAUUGAAGGAAUGGUGUAAAGGGAAAGACCAUGUUAAAACUUGCCCUGUCUGUGGUUAUACAAUUGAGAAAACUGAUGGAUGCAACCAUGUUGAGUGUAGAUGCGGGAGGCAUAUUUGCUGGGCCUGUCUGGAGUCCUUCGCUACUGGCGAUGCAUGCUAUGAGCAUUUAAGGUUCGUACACUCGGCCAUCAUAUGAUUUCUGACCUUUACAUAUUUGAUUUGUGUAGCUUUACAAUAAUCAUGUAAAUAAAUGGUUAUCUCUUACAUACGUAUAUAUAGGUUAUGCACGCAUAUAUCCCUUAACAGGUUAAAGAUCCGUCUAGGCUACUUGACAGCUCCAGUAUAGGUGUUAAUGCAUGGCGUUCUUCUUUUCAUUUC